AUGGGGGCUGCGAUGGACGAGACGUACGGCGCGCUGCUCAUCGGAGUGUUCUUCGCCAUCUUUCUCCAGGGGAUACUCACACUUCAAGCGUACAUCUACUUCGAGACCUUCCCGAAUGACCGGUUGCGGCUGAAAGCUCUGGUUGCCGUGGUCUGGGUGCUUGAUACCAUGCACCUCGUCCUCAUCUGCCAAGUGGCCUACCACUAUCUGGUGACAAAAUGGGGCGUCGAGGAGGCGCUGCACGAGACGACCUGGCCGUUCGACGUGCAUCUCAUCUUCGUCGGCGCCUCCGCGAUCCUCUGUCAGGCGUUCUUCAUAAAUCGGAUAUGGAUCUUCAGCAAGAAAAACGUGUGGCUCGCGGCGCUGCUGGCAGCCGCGUGUCUCACGACGUUCGCGGUGGACGUGACGAUGGGCGUCCAGAACACGAUCCAUCCGCGGACGUCGUUCCUGGGCACGCUGACCACGGAGAUUGUCGUCUUGUUCGCGCUCGGCGCGGCCGUGGACCUCACGAUCGCGCUCGUGCUCGUGUAUUACCUCCAGAAGGGCAUGAGGGACACGUUCUCCGCGCCAAUGCAGUCCGUCUUCUCGACAGUUAUCCAGUUCACCGUCGCCACGGGACUGGCGACGAGCUUCCUGGCCAUUGCUUGCCUGGUUACCUACCUUGUAUCCCGCCACUCUUUUAUAUACAUCGCACUGCACUUCUCCCUCGGCCGCCUGUACACCAACGCCCUCCUCGCCACCCUGAACUCGCGCCAGAGCAUCCGCAGCAAGCUCAACCAGACGAUAAACCGCGCCAUCCCGACGCCGAGCGCGGUCCUGUCGCUCCCCGUCACCGCCCCGAAAACGCCGGGGGACUCGUACCGGACGAGCCGGCGGCAGGACACCACCGGCACCGCGCUGAGCACGAUUGUGUUCACCCCGGAGCCGUUCGAUCCCGGGGACAGCCUGGGCGCGGGCGUUGGCGCGGCUCCGGGGCGAUAG